AUGGCAGGGCCAAUCCAGCUGGGGGAUGUCAUCAACUUCAGCAAGCUCGCGUGGGAUGUGUACAAGUUUGGUUGGGAUAAUGACUUCAACGCCACCCGGCAAUAUUCAGAGUUUGGUCGCGAUGUCAAAGGAUUGGCUGAGAACCUCGAUAUCCUCAACCGCGUGGUGAACAAGGCCGACCAAUCACUCCGCCAAGAAGGCGCUUUCAAGCCCUUGCGAUGGGACCGUUCGUCCCUUGAUGAGAUCAUAGGUGACUAUGAAGAGACUCUCACAGAAUGCUGCACUCUGAUAGAAAACAAUCAUCGCUACCGCCUCAGCAGCGGCCCUCUCAGGAACAUCGAGUGGAAUGUUCUUGUGGCGCCGGCGGCAGAGCGUUUGCGAGCGCGCAUAGCCUUACACAACUCCAAGGUUCUUCACGUACUGAAGCCAUUCGAGAUUGAUAUUCUGUGCCGGGUUCGAGAAGAUAUACGUCUCGUCCAUCAAGACCUUGCCCGACGCAUGAUGGACUUACACCUUGAUUUGCAUCGCCUGAUUGGAGUUCUCGUCCCUGAUCUCGAGCAAGCCCUGGCUCAGCAAGCUCAACGGGAACCUAUUCAGCUCGAGGUGCCGCAAAAUAUCGACGAUGGGUUUCAGCGAGCAUGGACGACCGACAGACCAGAUGGCGCUCUCGAUCCAAGCCUCCAAGAGAUGGCAGAUGCUUUCGUUAUCCACUACCACAAAUCCACCAUCGGCUUCACCGCUGGGAUGCUGGUGGAAAACAGGGUUCCCGAGCUGGAGCAGUACAUCAACCUCUUGAAGUGUAUCUGGCUGAUGAGACGGAUUCGCGACUUGCCCGAAAUGACUCAGUCUGCUAUGACUUUAUCCCAUUGGCCUUCGUAUAUUCAGGAGCUAGAAGACGAUCUUGCGUCGCAAUGCGAUCGAUUCAGACAAGAACUUGUACUGCCAAGUCUAGCGAGUGUAACACCUGAAAUGUUUGACAUAUGGCCCGAGAAAGAGCUUGCACAGCUCGUGGACGUGGUGACGAGGGAUGCUCUCAUGGAGGAAGUCAUGGAUGCACCGUUGGAGGGCGCCGCUGCCAACGUCGAGAGGAAGCUUCAGCUGCUUCGCCGGAUGGGCGCCGAUGCCGAGACCAUUGAUUUCGAUAUCACGACUGUCAUACUAAAUCCCCUUUACGCUGUGCCGUCCAACUCUGGCGCAUGGGACAUGGUUCUGCGAAAGGAUGAACGGAUCGCCAAGCUGGCCUUUACGCAGUUGAAAGAUGCCGCCAAAUUCCAACAAGCUGUGACUGGUUUCAAGGCGUUUGAUAAUUACAGCCAAUAUAAAGCCAUGGUCAGCUUCGUCGUUUCCGGAAGAGGAAAUCCCAUCGUCGAGGGAGCGUGUGUGCAGUUAUGGGUUCCGAAGCAGCUCGAUGGCCAGCUUGUGACUAACAACGAGGCUACACUUGAGCAAACCGCAUCACCAUCCCAGUCUGGGGUGUUUCCGCCAGCUAGCACGACGUCGAGACAGAGUACCCUCCGCAGCGUAUGGAACACCGCAAAUCCUUUCACUACUAGCCUUACGGAGACCGUGUCCAUGUGGAACAGCAGCGGUUCGGCGGCUGUAGGCGCGGCGCGGAGUCAUUCGAUGCCAUCACCGCCAACAAUCACCGGCCAGUUUGGAGCCCGACCUCCCAUGGCUAUACCGAGACGACCGGUCGGGUCGGGUAGCACGCAGACCACGGCGGCGUCACCGCCCAGUGCUAACCGGCAGGCAACAUUAUCGACAUCGCCUGCGAGCCCUCGGUCUUCCUCUCUGCUCCCGGGAUCAUGGCAAUCAAGGGCGCCAUCCGUAUCGACAGUCAACAGUCGACCUGAUCGGACCUUUAGCGUUUCAAGCAAUUUCUCGACAACGACAUCCCCCUCCAACAACAGUUCGAGUGGAAGCGAUGCGCACACUGUGACCGUCACCAUUGGCGGGCAUACGACUGGGACUGUCCAUAGACGCCCCCCCAAGCCAAUGCUGGUGCUAUUCACGCAAAACAUGCAGACAGGAAAGCGAGCACUGGUGACUAUAGAUAUUGACGAAGAUACCGAGGUCAACCCAGACCGGUGCAACUGCCGCAGGGCAGGACGGGACGGAUCAUCGUGUCAGAUUGCUGCCAUUGAGCAGGGCCGAGGCAACGCCGAACUAUCGGUGCGAAGAUAUGAAAGCCGAGACGACGACAUGGACUGGAAUCUGGCCAAGUUGGCCCUGGGGCGGCGAGGGGAGAAGGAGUAUGCUGCUGCUGUCUGGAAGGACGUCCGGCGCAUCAGCAUCAUGUUCCCGACUUCCGAGGCCAGGUCAAGGUUUGGAGGCACGCCGAACGUAUGCCAGUGUGGUGCCAAAACAGAAGCGGAGCUGGGCCAGUGUCUCAAGAAGAAGCACAAGGGUUUGCUCGGGUUUGUGCGGGAGUCUGGGCGGCAGCAGCUGAAUGAAUAUCAUCGGGUACGAUUCGGAUCGCUACAGGACGUAGUUCGUGGAACGAGGGACGACUAUCGAUGA